GCCGCAGGGAGGGGCGAGGGCCCGCGCGGGCUGCCCGGAUCUGCUCGGAGGCUGUGUCUUAGUGAAAAAUAUUCUCAGCUGAAUCCUGAAUUUGUCUCGUUGUUCAAAAGAUUAAGAUUUGAGGCUAAAGGGAAGAAACCAUUGAAGAGAAACCCAAAGAUUCGAGACAGGGUGGUUUGCUAUCAUAAAACCAUGAGUAGAGGAUCUGAAGUCCACAUUUUUUGGGGUGCUCCAAUUGGUCCAUUGAAAAUGAGAGUAUCACAGGAACCAAUUUCUUUAAUGUUCACUGCUGACCCCUGGAAAAAAAUUCAGUUUUUAUACAAUCAACAUUCUUUAUAUCUGAAGGAUGAAAAAUGCAAGAAUCUUGAAGACUGUCAAGUCCUAGAAGCUACUGGCCCUCCAGAUUUUCUUAAUUGUCGUUUUUUAGCAAACUCUGUGAAUAGAUCUGUUCAUUGUAUUUCUGAAACACAGACUAUAAAAUUCCAGAAGAGUCACCCCUUAGGGAUGAGUGAUGUAACAAACUCUGAUGUACAAAUAUGUGAAUUUAAGGGCAGAAUUCAGCAUUUAACUGAAGAAGAAAAGUAUCAAAAGCUUUUCAGUAAAAAUAAAAUCACAGAUGAACAGCAUAAAGAUCAAUCAAAUAUAUGUGGUCCAAAUAUCCAAAAAAAUUCCUUUCAGUUAGACCAUAAGCGUGCAGAUAUAUUGGAUUUGGUUUGUAGUACUGAACAGAUUAAUAUAGGACCAGGAGCUAUCAAAACAAAGUGUGUACCAAUAGAACAUCAUGAAAUGCAAAACCAGUGUCUGGAGUUCCUUUCCUCUGACACAGUGGAUAAGCCAAGGUCUGAAAGAGCAGUUAAGAAGGUCUCAGACCUUAACGUAUCUACUGAUACUGAAUUUCUCAGUAUCAUGACCUCUAGCCAGGUUGCUUUUUUAGCUCAAAGGAAGUAUAAAGAGGAGAAUUCUAUAAAUAAAGGGACUCUAAACAUGAAGAUUGAACCAAAAGCAAGUCAUGGGGAAAUAGAAAUAACUGAAGAUAAUUUGAUUCACCCUAAUGAUUAUGAAGAAGGAUGUGAAAGUGGACAAAACCAAGCAUUUUCCCUUGAACUUUUUAGUCCCGUUUGUCCGGAAACAAAAAGUAGCCACAUUCACAUAAACUCUGAUAAAGGUCUUGAAGAAAAUAAAAGAUCUCAAGAACUCUUCGGUUUUGAAGAGAGACUGCCACCAAACGAGAUAUGUAUUGAGUCAUGUAGCUCAGGAAUACUGUGUUCCCAACUCAGUACCUUCCACAAACAUUCUAUUAAAAGAAAUUGGACCUCUGAAGAUAAAUUGGGCCAUCCUAAAGCUCUCUCUAAAGUUCUCCAAGUAUCUAAGAAAAUGAAGUUGCUUUCUAAUGCAAGAGAUCCUACUGUAGCAAGGGACCAGAGGAAUGUGUCUGAAUUUAAGGGUAUUAAGAAAAUAUCAUUAAUAAAAAAUUGUGAUUCUAAAAGUCAGAAGUAUAAUUGUUUAGUCAUGGUGUUAGCUCCAUGUCAUGUGAAAGAAAUAAAUAUAAAAUCUGGACCAAAUUCUGGCUCUAAAGUGCCUUUAGCAACAAUUGUGGUAAUUGACCAAUCAGAAAUUAAAAAGAAGGUGUUUCUGUGGAGGACUGCUGCAUUUUGGGCACUAACAGUGUUUCUUGGUGAUAUAAUUUUACUCACAGAUGUUACUGUUCGUGAAGAUCAUUGGAUUGGUGAGACAAUACUACAAUCAACAUUUACCAGUCAGUUAUUAAAUCUUGGGAUUUAUUCAUCUGUCCAGCAUGAAGAAUAUUCCAGUAUAAUUAGUGAUGUUGUACUUCAAGACUUACUGGCAUAUGUGUCUUCAAAACAUUCCUAUCUUAGAGAUCUUCCUCAGAGGCAGCCUCAGAAAAUGAACAGUGUUGAAUUUGUAGAACUGGAACAGCUUCAGCCUGACAUAUUAGUGCAUGCAGUGCUAAGAGUUGUUGACAUCACUAUACUGACAGAGACAUUAUAUAGUUAUAGAGGACAGAAGCAAAGGAAAAUCAUGUUAACUGUGGAACAGGCCCAAGGUCAACAUUGUGUACUUGUAUUAUGGGGUCGUGGAGCAGCCUGGUACCCUCAACUUCAGAGGAAAAAACAUUAUAUUUGGGAAUUUAAAUAUCUUUUUGUUCAGCGCAAUUGCAUCCUGGAAAACCUAGAAUUGCAUACAACACCUUGGUCAUCCUGCGAGUGCCUGUUUGAUGACGAUAUAAGGGCAAUUACAUUUAAAGCAAAAUUUCAAAACAGCAUGCCCUCUUUUGUGAAGAUGUCAGAUUUAGCAACACACUUAGAGGAUAAGUGUUCAGGAGUGAUUCUAAUCAAAGCCCUGAUUUUAGAGCUAGUGUUUCCUAUUACAGCAGCUCAGAAAGUAGUUCUAAAUGCUCACAGUUCUCUGAAGAGUAUUUUCUCUUCUCUUCCGAACAUUAUAUAUACUGGCUGUGCAAAAUGUGGAUUGGAACUAGAAACAGAUGAGAACAAGAUCUACAAACAGUGUUUUAGCUGCUUGCCAUGUACUAUGAAGAAAAUAUACUACAGGCCAGCUUUAAUGACCAUAGUUGAUGGAAUAUAUAAAGUUUGCAUCCAUGUAGGAUCAAAGCUGAUAGAGAAGAUUCUUCUAAACAUUUCUCCUGACCAGCUCAAAAGAAUUAUAGCUCCUUCCUCAGAGAUCACCUAUGGCAUGGUUGCAGCAGACUUGUUCCACUCCUUAUUGUCAGGGGGCGGGACACCUUGUGUAGUGAAGGUGCAGAGCCUCUUUGUGUUAGAUGAAAACAGUUACCCGUUGCAACAAGAUUUCUCUCUACUGGAUUUUUAUCCUGACAAUGUAAAGCAUGCAACCUAUGCCCUUCCCUGAAACCAGAUGAAGAAAUUGCAGGCACUUCAAGGAAGACUACUUAAACAAUUUGUCUUUUGAAAUGAAUGAUUGGGCUUGGGGGUUUUAAAUAUAUUUUAUAAAGAGCUAAAUAUAUAAAUUAAAACUUUUUUUCUAAAACAA